AUGCUUCGUCUAUUCACCAGUAAAGCUUCUACCGUAUCAGCAUCCUUUCGAAAGUCUGUAGCCGCUCAACACAACUGGAAGCGCACGAUCGCUACUGCACCAGUAUUGUUGCAUGGCAAAGGGGGUAUUUCUCGGGGAGAAGGACCAUACACUGUCCACUUUAUUAUGCCGGAUGGCGAAGAGAUCUCGGUUAAGGCUGUAGAGGGCGAUUCGAUGCUUGAUCUUGCACAACGUUAUGACAUUGAUUUGGAAUGUGCCUGUGAAGGAUCUUUGGCAUGCUCUACUUGCCACGUGAUCUGCGAGCCCGAUUAUUAUGACAAGAUGGAAGAGCCAUCAGACGAAGAAAAUGAUAUGCUUGAUUUGGCAUUUGGCUUGACUGAAACAUCACGGCUAGGUUGUCAAAUCUUUAUGAAUGAUGAAUUGGAUGGAUUGACGGUUCGUUUACCAUCGGCAACACGGAAUUUGAGAGUAGAUGGCUCGAAACCCGUACAUCAUUAA